CAAUAUACCUUUAGUUUUGUUUUAGUCUUUUAGUUUUGUUUUUGUUUACCUAUUUACUUUUAAUACCCAUAUAUUUUUCGAAAUACAAAAUAACAAAUACUUAAUUAUCUUGAUAACUUUCCUCAUGUAAUAAUUAUGAUAGUGAGAGAUUUGUUCUGUCUUAUUACUGCCUUGGUUAGUGAUUCAACCUGAGGUUCUACCUACCAGGUUCUAAUUGACUAUAGAACUGGAAAUUAGUAAAAUACCUACCCCAUAAUUAUGAAAUUUAGAGCUGUAAUAACAGAUACUCCUGCUAUGCGGGACUUCAUGAAUAUAGCACUAAGUUUAUCAAAGUUUUCCAAAGACUGCAUUAUGAGAAUCACAACCAGAAAACUCUAUUUCAUAGUUUCUGAGGAAGAAUCAGGUCCCAGACGUCCUUUAGUCUGGUGUGAACUACCUGUUAACUUCUACUUCAAAGAAUAUCAUCUUGCUGGUGUUAGUGAUGAAUAUAAUGAAAUAUAUUUGGAAGUCUCCACAGUUCUCUUAGCAAGAUCUUUAGCCAUGUUGAAACAAACAGUCAAAUCUUUCAAAAUAAAAUUGACCAAUAAGGAUUCACCAUGCAUAACUAUUGAGAUGGAAUUGAUGGCUGGAGAAAUUAUAAGUAGACAAAUAGUUCAUGAUAUACCUGUUGAAGUUAUUUCUAGGAAGCAUUGGUCUGAUUAUGAGGAACCAAGAUUCAAUGAUUUCCAUGUAUCAAUUCAAAUGCCAAGCCUAAAAGCACUGAAAAACAUUGUGGAAAGAAUGAAAAACAUGAGUCACAGUCUCACAGUUAGUGCCAAUAAGUAUGGAAGACUGACAUUUCAAAUCAAAACAAAUGUUGUAACUUUAUCUUCCCAUUUUACUGAUUUGAGUGUCCACAGCUUUGCUGUUGGGCAAAUUUCUACUUUCAAUGACUGUGAAGAUGGAAAUUCAGAAGUUGUUAGUUCAACUGUUGAUAUCAAGAAGUUUGUGAUGUUCCUAUCAGGUUUACAAAUUAGUAAUUGCAGAACUUUAUGUAGCAUAGUCAGUGGCAAAAUGGUUAAAUUAUUUAUGGAACAACCUGGUGCACUAUCAAUACAAAUAUUUCUGACUGAGUUAUCUGUUUAGCAUUUAUUAUUUCAAUACAAUAUACCUACAAGAAAAUGUAAUUGUAUUUUAAUAAAAAAGAACAUGAAACAAUGAUAUUUUCUCAUUUCAUAUAUCUACAAUUAUCUAUUUCCUGGCAUUAUAAUAAAUUAGGUACUGAUAGAACUAGGUAUCACAUCUCAAUUACAGAUAUUGAUUGGUCCAAAAUACUUUGUCUUGGGACUGCACAAUGCAAUAAUACACACACUAGGAUACAUUUGGGAUAAGAAAAAUAACUUAACCCACCUAAAUAUUAACUGGGAAAAAAUAGAGGUUUUCUGAACAAUUAUUAUUUCCUCAUGUGAUAUCUGCCUUGAGAUGGAUUCAACAAGCAGGUACGUACAAGUUCCAUGACUGUAUCAAGUGGACUCUCAAAUCAAGAAAUCACAGAAAAUAUAUCAUGAGGAUAGCUGAUAAUACUAAUAUAAUGAAAGGAAUCCAUGUUUUAAUAAAUGUCCAGAAUGAAACAUAUUUCCCAUAAAAUAUCAUAAGAAUUGCUAACUUCACCAUAUUCCAAUUUGAAGAACCACUGUAUUGCAUAAUAUUCAGAGCAGUUGCAACAUGUGAGUGGCAGUUAUCACAAAAUAAAUUGUGCAUACGACCCUUAUAUAUUUCAGAUGCCUCAGUAACACCUGCGUCCCAUCCACUAAAAAAAAAUAAAAUCAAUUGAACCAUCAUGAACUAUUUGAAAAAAUUAAAGUUACCUUAUUCCACCCCUUGCUAAAGAUGGUUCAAGCUGCCAAAAUUUUGUAGGCCUCCCGAAUCCAAAAUUGUCUUCUGAGACAAAGUAAGGUCCAGCGAAAUCCCUUAUUACCCCAGAUGAUAGUGCAAUACCCAUAUGGCCAAUGAUUGGAAAUAUCCAUGUCAAAAAUGGUAUUGGGGUCCAUACAAUACAAAAGGGGUAUCUGUCUCUAGAAAAAUCGAUAUGCGUUGAGUAUGUCAUUGUUUCUUCUGGAUCUGGCACUGGCACUUCCAUUUAGCUUUUUUAGCCAGUAGUGAGCUGCAAAUUAUAGCAUCUUUUGGUCUCGAUAGAAAAUACAAAUUGUUCAGUUUGAGGAUCAAUAUAAUAUAUCAGCAGAUAUAAAAUCAAUAUUAUGAAGAUUUUAAAAAAAAUUCAAAUGUGUUGUUUUAGUGGAGCACUUUGAGGUUAUGUUCUGACACUGACAGAUCUUCGUGAUAAUCCCGAUACCUUGCCCG